GACGACCCUUUUCCUCAGCUGCCGCCAAGGUGCUCGGUCCUUCCGAGGAAGCUAAGGCCGCGUUGGGGUGAGGCCCUCACUUCAUCCGGCGACUAGCACCGCGUCCGGCAGCGCCAGCCCUACACUCGCCCGCGCCAUGGCGUCCGUCUCCGAGCUCGCCUGCAUCUACUCGGCCCUCAUUCUGCACGACGAUGAGGUGACAGUCACGGAGGAUAAGAUCAAUGCCCUCAUUAAAGCAGCCGGUGUAAAUGUCGAACCUUUUUGGCCUGGCUUGUUUGCAAAGGCCCUGGCCAACAUCAACAUUGGGAGCCUCAUCUGCAAUGUAGGGGCCGGUGGACCUGCUCCAGCAGCUGGUGCUGCACCAGCAGAAGGUCCUGCCCCCUCCACUGCUGCUGCUCCAGCUGAGGAGAAGAAAGUGGAAGCAAAGAAAGAAGAAUCUGAGGAGUCUGAUGAUGACAUGGGCUUUGGUCUUUUUGACUAAACCUCUUUUAUAACGUGUUCAAUAAAAAGCUGAACUUUAAAAAAAAAAAA